AAAAUCGAAACUUCUCAGAAAAAGAAAAAGAAAAACUGCUAUGGAAAACAGAACGAACGAGAAAGCUUCAUCUUUGAGAUGGAAAAUACUUCGUCAAGCUCUUCUCUCUCACCCUUCUCCUUCAAGCCAAGAUGAACUAUCUCAAAGGGGUAUUAAGCGCAUUUCAAGAAGGACGAGUCAUGGAUUCAACUUGAUACCUUCUCAUGUAAUCGAAGAUGAACGUGGAUCAAACAAAUGCGAUGGUUCUUCCACUAGCACCAGGGAUGCCCGUGUUUGUUACACUUUACCCAUUCCUGGCGCUCCACAACUGUUUUUGACACAAAGAGUGGACAACCGUGCCGACCUCAGUGAUUUUGAGAUUUGUGACAGAUACAACAUUGACAACACUGGGCUUGUCUGUAAUUGGCCAUCAGAAGAUGUUCUUGCUCAUUAUUGCUUGUCACAUGCAGAUAUAUUCAGGUCUAAAAAAGUUAUUGAGCUUGGUUCUGGCUACGGCUUGGCUGGAUUUGUAAUUGCAGCUGUUACUGAGGCAUCAGAGGUUGUAAUGUCAGAUGGAAAUCCACAAGUAGUUGAUUAUACUCAGCGUAACAUUGAGGCCAACUCUGGAGCAUUUGGGGACACAAUUGUGAAGUCUAUGAUGCUUCACUGGAAUCAGGAAGAUACUUUUAAAGAUGCUGACACUUUUGAUAUCAUUGUUGCAAGUGAUUGCACUUUCUUUAAGGAUUUUCACCGAGGCCUUGCUCGUAUUGUCAAACACUUAUUAUCAAAAGCAGGAUCUUCUGAGGCUAUAUUUUUGUGCCCUAAAAGAGGCAACUCAUUGGACCUGUUCUUGGAAGUGGCUGAAGAAAAUAGCUUGCAUUUCAGUGUAACAGAGAACUAUGACAAAGAUGUUUGGAAACGUCAUGAGGGAUUCUUAAAUGGAGAAGAUAGGGACUGUUGGCCCAGUUAUGAGAAAGGUCACUGCUAUCCACUCUUAAUCAGAAUUACCCUUUGAACUUGCUUUCAGAUAUUCUGCCUGGGGCCUUCUUCCACCGUUGGUUGACACAUGUUAGAAAGAGAUAAAGUGCAAAUCUAUUCCUCUAACUCUGGAAAUGCCCGAGUAUAGACACUAACCAAUGGCACGCUUUCAUUGCACAAAAUAUUGUUUUGUUGGGGUCACAUCUUCAGCAGACAGCACUAUUCUCAGCCAAGAAGGCUCAAAUGAAUAUGAAGCGUAUGCGGUGAUUCACCUCAAGUGAAUAUUAAAAUUUCGGUCCCAAAAGUACUGCAGAUUAUUUAAACUUUUUUUCUUAUCCACUUGGUCUUUGCAACCUGAAAAAAAGAAAAAGGUAAAGAAGAAAGUAAUUAGCAGUUUUGCGUGUGGUAGAUUAUUAAAAUAGCAGGUUAGAUGAAUCAUGUGUGGAUUUAUUAUGGUUUUAUAAUUGUGAUGGGAUCUUGCAUAUGCUACUGGUUUCUGCAUUGCAACUUUUGACAGAAAAAGGUUCCUUAUCUAAGUUAUCUUUGUUGAAGCAUCAAAGUUACGAGACUAUAAAGCUUUCAGAAGAGCAGUCCAUCGAGUAAACAAAGCAACUCCACCAUGGGAUGAAGCUAGCAAUUGAUUCAAUUAAACUAGAAUUUAAUGCAAGUGGAGGAUUCUUGCUUGCUUUUUCCUUGUAAGUAACAGUAAUGGGGUGUGCUGUCUUUGCGGUGAGAGAUUAUUCAUAGACUUGACUCGGGAGUCUUAGCUAUUACGGAAGCAACUAUUAAUAUUAAUUUCCACAUAUUGCUUUGUUGAUUGGACUCGUCUAAAUGUCCCCUUGUUGUACCCUUGCGGAUGAUAUUGCGAUCCCUAGUG